GCGAAAUAUGGCGUGCGCUCUUCUGCCGGGAAGCCACUGUAUCCUGCACCGUUUAUGGAGCUCAGAAUAUUGUCCACACAUAAAUAUGCAUCAUAUUGGAGGACACGCUUUAUUUCAUUUCAGAAACAACGACAAACCGUGGCCGUAUAUCCCAAGAGGCGAGUUACCCCAAGCCACGGGAGAAACCUUUUAAGUAACCUUAAGUAUUGUUGUACCAAAGGCGAGGUUUUCUAUGCAGAAAUGUGGCCUAAGCGCCAGUAAAGCCACUUAGAAAGACGGGGUCGCCGUAGUAUGUAACCCUACCGAUGCAUAAGUGCGCCCCCACUGCCUCCUUUUACACAGGUGCACUUGCACGUGAGUAAACGAUCAUAAAAGGCAGGAAUGCGGUCACAUGGGCGCACAUUGCCGUUACUCCCCAGCAAACCACACUGUGUUUACCGAGGUGCAACACCUGAAAUUCCUGCCAGCAGAGGGCGCACCCAGCGAGCACCCGAGGACAGAGAUGGCGAGCUCGCUCCCGAGAACUGCGUCCAAGAGUGAGGCAGGAAGAGGACGGGGAUUCUGAGGUGUCAGUCUAGAGUUUGCACCAGAGCGGCCUUCCUCAGUGUCUAUCAUCAGCAAGUGUAGCAGUGGACUAAAGGAACACCUCGUGUUCUCCAGAGAGCGCGGCUUUGAAAGAAGGCAGGGUCUGAGGUUUCACAUCUUUCCUGUAUGAAACUGAGACUGAGACCAAAAUAAAAGAAACAAAUUCUGAUGCUGACUUUUCUGUUGACUGUAACGCUGUGGUGGUUCAUCAACGCUGAUCUAAGCAACUAGAAAAUUCUGCACAGAGUAAAACGUCUGCCUUGAUCGACACGAAUUCUGGCCACAGAUCGCAGACUCUACUACAUUUUGCUCAUUACGUGGAAGCCAGUUCUCGUUAAAGAACUGCCUCUUCUUUAUUACCUUAUAUAAACUUCUACACGCUCCGUGCAGCUUCUCCUGAAUUAUUAUUCAUAGCACAUUUUUAUGAGAGCGGCAGCAUGAACGUGGAUGCAGCCGUCGCCAGCGGAAACACUAGAUAACCUCAUUUAGCCCAUUUUCAUUACCUGCAUGCUUUACUCUUCCGGCAGAGGGCAGUUUUUGGCACAACGGCACCUCUGAAGCAGGUGCUUCUGGGAAUGUCAGUGUCUAGGGGUGUUUCUCAAUAUGCAAUGUGUUUUACGUCAUCUUCCAUUGCUGAAGACCAGAUCCCAUGCUCAAGAAGAGAAGCACAGAAGACAGUAAAAAUCUCAGGAUGUUGUACUUGCCACUCGCCAAAUAUGAAGGAUACAUCAGUUGCAUCUUUGCCAAACGACAGCAAUCCCAUGAUUCAUUGCGCCCCAAGUUCGUUCUUGGGAGGUAAGUUAGCAAGACUGCUCUUGCCAAGACCCCAAAUAGUACCCUCGCAUUCUUGGUAUUGAGAAACAUCCCAAGUUAGUCAUUUUUUUCAGGACCAUCUUGAACCGAAGCGGCAGGUCCCUUGUCUGCACACAGGUCCCGUCUUCUGGUUCCCCAAAGCCCAGUUGGUGCUCAGAAUCAGCUGAGCUGCGUCUCUGGAGCUCCUGAGAGCAUCUUCUGAGCUCCAAACUGUGAAUCUGGUGCCCUGCUUCAUUCCAGUGCAGUCAGGAUGCUUCAAAGGAAAGACAGCUUCCUCUGGGGAAAGAGAGAAGACAUGAAGAUACAGCCAGUCAGAACCCUCAGCGUGCAAAAGAGUGACAUCAUGGGCGAUAUUAAGAAACUGAGGCUGGAGAUCGACAACGUCAUAAACGAGAUCCAGAUCUUUGACUCUGAUGAGAAAAAUAAGGCCAUAAUGAGGGAGAAGCAGUUUCUGUGCGGAAAGAAGAAAUUCAACAUGGACCCCAAGAAGGGGAUCCAGUACCUCAAAAAACACGACCUUCUGGAGGACACCCCUCAGGCCGUGGCCGAGUUCCUGUACAAAGAGGAAGGUCUGAGCAAGACGGCCAUCGGGGACUUCCUGGGAGAGAGGGGUGACAUGCAUCUCAAGAUCCUGAACUGCUUCGUGGAUCUCCAUGAGUUUUCAGACCUCAACCUGGUUCAGGGACUCCGCCAGUUUCUGUGGAGCUUCCGGCUCCCUGGAGAAGCCCAGAAGAUUGACCGCAUGAUGGAGGCCUUUGCCACUCGCUACUGCAACUGCAACUCCACCGUCUUCCAGUCCACAGACACCUGCUACAUACUCUCCUUCGCUAUCAUCAUGCUGAACACCAGCCUGCACAACCCUAACGUGAAAGAUAAGACCACGCUGGAGCGCUUCUUUGCCAUGAACCGCGGCAUCAAUAAUGGCGAGGACCUGCCCGACGAGCUUCUGACGAAACUAUACGACAGCAUCCAGAGUGAACCUUUCAAAAUCCCAGAGGAUGAUGGGAAUGACCUCACUCACACCUUCUUCAACCCCGACCGAGAAGGCUGGCUGCUUAAGAUGGGGGGCAGAGUGAAGACCUGGAAGAGGAGGUGGUUCAUCCUGACUGACAGCUGCCUCUACUACUUCAGAUACACCACGGACAAGAAGCCCAGAGGCAUUAUUCCCUUGGAGAAUCUGUGUGUGAGGGAUGCGGACCACCCCCAGAAACAGUUCUGCUUGGAGAUCUACAAUCCCAUACAAAAAGGGCAGAAGAUCAAGGCUUGUAAGACGGAGACUGAUGGCCGAGUGGUUGAGGGGAAGCACCACUCUUACCGAUUAUGCGCCAGCACCGCCGAGGAGCGAGAUGAUUGGAUCGCGUCCAUCAGAGCAAGUACUUCCAAGGACCCCUUCUAUGACCUGGUAACGGCUCGUAAGCGGAGGGCGCUCAGCACCGUUUCCAGAGACUGAGUGUCCAGGAGCCUGGGGGAGGAUUAGCCUCAGGUAACAGGACACGGCCAGUCCCGGGACCGUGAUGGCCCCUUAACCCAGGACACGGCCAGUCCCGGGACCGUGAUGGCCCCUUAACCCAGGACACGGCCAGUCCCGGGACCGUGAUGGCCCCUUAACCCAGGGCACGGCCAGUCCCGGGACCGUGAUGGCCCCUGAACCCAGGACAGACUUUAACUCUUCCUUUUAAUGAGCAUUGCCUGGUACUAAGCCUUAUUCUCUAUGUAUAUUAUUUUCCAAACCCCAUUUUCAAGAAGGCAGCAGCGUUUUAAGUUCCAAAAACUGAUGUAGUGCAGAUUUCCACGGACUCCCAGCCAAACAGGUCUAAUUGUUUUUCAGCAUAAACCAAUCAGAAUUACCGGAUGCCAAGGCAUCACACUAAAGUAAUCGUGUUUAUCAGCAUUGCAGCCCACAGUCUUUCACUGAUUUUGUGAAUGAUGCACAUAUUUAAACAUAGAUCACUGUUAAAUUAAAUGUGGUAUUAGUCUUUCUUUAGUUUGAAAUUUUUAAUGCUUUUCAAAAUGGAAUUGUGAAUCUGGCACUAUAUAUAUAUAUAUUUUUUUUCUGUGCUAGGAGAGAAUUGUGUGUGUACAAUGUUUCAUUAAUUUAAAGUUUAUAUUUUUGUGUAUAUAUUUACCUUUGACAAUGUAAAAAAAAACAUCAGUUAAAUUUACGUUUACAAAGAAACUUGUAAAUAUAUUUAAUAAAUACACCUUUGUUUCUUAAA